GAGGAACAUUUGAUGGAAGAAAAGAAAAAGAAAAAGCAGGAAGAAAAGAAAAAGAAGGAAGGUGCUCAGAAAAAGGCUGCUGAUCAAAAAACCAAAGUGCCAGAACCUACUAAGACCUGUUCAAGCCAGCCCCAACCUGCCGGUACCAGUACCAAUACUUCCACCAGCACUAUCUCCAGCAGCAGCAAUGGCAAACGUGCACCUGCCAGUGGCCAGCAGCCAGCUGCAUCCCGUUACCUGCCUCGUGAGGUGCCUCCACGCUUCCGCCAGCAAGAACAGAAGCAGCUGUUAAAGAGAGGCCAGCCAUUGCCUGCAGGGACGCUGACCAGUGUGAGCCCAGCACAGGGUGCAAGCCCUCCUCCCCUUCCUGGAGCUGGGGCGCAGCAGCAGCAUCCCAGCAAGCUCCAACCAGAUCUCAGUCACAGUGGAUUAGCUGACCAUUAUGAAAAUCCCCCCUGGGGACAGCAGCCCCCUUACAGGAGCGAAGCCAGCUGCAACUGGGAUGAAGUGAUAAUAGACAGGACUGACCAGGAGGCGUGGCCUUCCAUCACAGGAAUAGAGACUGAAUCUGCCUCAGAAUGUCCUCCAGACACUGACUCUGCCUCUACCUGUGGCUCCGAGAACAGUAGCAUGGCUACAGGGAGUGCCCAGGGCAGCUUCACAGGACAUACCAAGAAGGCGAAUGGCAAUAAUGGCACCAAUGGCGCACUCGUCCAAAGCCCUUCUAAUCAGAGUGCCCUUGGGACAGGGGGAGUGAACGGGAAUGGAAGCGCAGCCAGAGUGUGGGGUGUAGCCGCAGGCUCAGGCUCUGGCCUGGCUCACUGCUCUAUCAGUGGUGGGGAUGGAAAAAUGGACAACAUGAUUGGAGAUGGAAGAAGUCAGAAUUGCUGGGGUGCUUCCAACUCCAACACCGGCAUUAAUCUUAACCUUAAUCCUAAUGCCAACCCAGCUGCCUGGCCUGUACUUGGACAUGAAGGAACUGUGGCAACAAGCAACCCUUCCAGUAUUUGCAGUCCAGUCAGUGCCAUUGGACAGAAUAUGGGCAGCCAGAAUGGGAACCCAGCAGGCACUCUGGGUGCUUGGGGAAACUUGCUGCCGCAAGAGAGCACAGAACCACAAACGUCCACUUCUCAGAAUGUGUCUUUCAGCGUACAACCUCAGAACCUUAACACUGAUGGACCAAAUAACACUAACCCCAUGAACUCUUCACCAAACUCUAUCAAUGCAAUGCAGACAAAUGGACUGCCCAACUGGGGCAUGGCUGUUGGUAUGGGGGCCAUCAUCCCGCCCCACCUGCAAGGCCUUCCUGGUGCUAAUGGAUCAUCAGUUUCUCAAAGCAGUGGAGGUGGUGGUGAAGGAAUAAGCAGUUCUGUGUGGGGACUGGCCCCCAGUAACCCUGCCACAGGAAAUAGCAGUUCUGGGUUCAGUCAGGGGAAUGGAGACACUGUGAACUCAGCAUUAAGUGCUAAACAAAAUGGAUCCAGCAGUGCUGUGCAAAAGGAAGGGAAUGGAGGGAGCGCCUGGGAGUCUGGGCCUCCAGCAGGCCCUGGGAUACUCACUUGGGGUAGGGGCAGUAGCAACAAUGGAGUUGGUAAUAUCCAUUCGGGAGCGUGGGGCCACCCCAGCCGAAGUUCCUCUAAUGGUGUGAAUGGGGAGUGGGGAAAGCCCCCAAACCAGCAUUCCAGUAGUGACAUCAAUGGGAAAGGAUCAGCAGGGUGGGACAGCCCCAGUGUUGCCAGCCAGACUCCUGCCUUGCAGCCUGGCAGUGAACACCUGAACUCUUGGGCCAAAGCUGCAUCUUCUGGAACUACGACAAGUGAAGGAAGCAAUGAUGGGUCUGGUAAUCACAAUGAAGGAGGCACUGGGAGGGACGGGACAGGAGAGAGCCGGAGACGAGAUAAGGGGGGUAUAGACCAGGGGCACAUCCAGUUGCCACGGAAUGAUCUGGACCCCAGAGUUCUGUCUAAUACUGGUUGGGGACAGACUCCUGUAAAGCAAAACACUGCCUGGGAAUUUGAAGAAUCCCCUAGGUCUGAAAGGAAAAAUGACAAUGGGACAGAGGCCUGGGGGUGUGCAGCUACUCAGCCUUCAAACUCAGGGGGGAAGAAUGAUGGGUCCAUCAUGAACAGUACAAAUACCUCUUCAGUAUCAGGGUGGGUCAGCUCACCACCUGCCACCGUGCCAGCAAACACAGGUUGGGGAGACAGCAACAACAAAGCACCAAGUGGCCCAGGGGUUUGGGGGGACUCGAUAAGCUCUACUGCUGUUAAUAAUGCUGCUGCUGCCAAGAGUGGCCAUUCUUGGAGUGGGACCGUAAAUCAGGAGGACAAAUCACCCACCUGGGGUGAGCCUCAGAAACCCAAAUCCCAAAACUGGGGAGAAGGACAAAGAUCGAACCCAGCCUGGAGUACAGGAGGGGGGGACUGGGCAGAUUCAUCAUCUGUCUUGGGACACCUGGGGGAUGGGAAAAAAAAUGGAUCUGGAUGGGAUACUGACAGUACUAGAUCAGGGUCUGGGUGGAAUGAUGCCACACGAUCUGGGACCAGUGGCUGGGGCAAUGGCACAAAUGCAAAAGUGAAUCCAGGUACAAACUGGGGGGAGUCUCUGAAACCUGGUCCCCAACAGAACUGGGCCAACAAACCCCAAGACAACAGUGUGAGUAACUGGGGAGGAGCUGCUUCUGUUAAACAGACAGGGACAGGGUGGAUUGGGGGCCCGGUACCAGUCAAGCAGAAGGACAGCAGUGAGGCCACUGGCUGGGAAGAACCCUCUCCACCGUCCAUCCGACGCAAAAUGGAAAUUGAUGAUGGUACCUCAGCUUGGGGGGACCCAAGCAACUACAACAAUAAAACUGUAAACAUGUGGGACAGAAACAACCCAGUCAUGCAGAGCAGUACCACGACCAACACCACCACCACCACCCCCACCACGAGCAACACCACACACCGUGGCGAGACGCCGCCUCCACACCAGGCCAGUGCUCAGCUGAAUCGGUCGCCUUUGCUUGGGCCAGUUUCAUCAGGCUGGGGAGAAAUGCCUAAUGUUCACUCAAAGACUGAAAAUGCGUGGGGAGAGCCUUCCUCCCCAUCCACCCUGGUCGAUAAUGGCACAGCAGCAUGGGGGAAGCCACCCAGCAGUGGCAGCGGGUGGGGAGAUCACCCUGCUGAGCCAGCAGUGACCUUUGGAAGAGCUGGCGCACCCACUGCCACCCCAGCCCUGUGCAAACCAGCUUCCAAGUCUAUGCAAGAAGGCUGGGGCAGUGGUGGGGACGAAAUGAACCUGGGCACUGGCCAGUGGGAGGAUGAGGAAGGGGACGUGUGGAAUAAUGCUGCUUCCCAAGAAAGCGCCUCCUCCUGUGGCUCCUGGGGCAGUGCCCCCAAGAAGGGACUUCAGAAGGGCAUGAAGACACCUGGCAAGCAGGACGAGGCCUGGGUCAUGAGCCGGCUGAUGAGACAACUCACGGACAUGGGCUUCCCGGUGACUGGUGUCUUAUUACUACUCUCCCACAUGUCCCUAAGCAAACAGCCCUACUUGUCUCCAUCAGUGUUUGAUGUUUAUGGCAAGAGAGAGCCUGCUGAAGAGGCCUUGAAGAGCAACAAUAUGAACCUUGACCAGGCCAUGAGCGCUCUGCUGGAAAAGAAGGUGGACAUGGACAAGCGUGGAUUGGGAGUGACCGACUACAAUGGAGUGGUCACCAAACCCCUCGGCUGCCGCCCACCAAUCUCCAAAGAGUCUUCCAUGGACCGCCCCACCUUUCUUGACAAGGAUGGCGGCCUCGUGGAAGAGCCCACGACUUCACCAUUUUUGCCUUCCCCAAGCCUGAAGCUCCCUCUUUCCAACAGUGCACUCCCCAGUCAGGCCCUGGGUGGGAUUGCCUCAGGGCUGGGCAUGCAAAACUUGAACUCUUCUAGACAGAUCCCGAGUGGCAAUCUGGGUAUGUUUGGCAAUAGCGGAGCAGCACAAGCCAGGACCAUGCAGCAGCCGCCGCAGCCACCAGUGCAGCCUCUUAACUCCUCCCAGCCCAGCCUCCGUGCUCAAGUGCCUCAGUUUCUAUCCCCUCAGGUUCAAGCACAGCUUUUGCAGUUUGCAGCAAAAAACAUUGGUCUCAACCCUGCACUAUUAACCUCGCCCAUUAAUCCUCAGCAUAUGACGAUGUUGAACCAGCUCUAUCAGCUGCAGCUGGCAUACCAACGUUUACAAAUCCAGCAGCAGAUGUUACAGGCCCAGCGUAAUGUUUCCGGACCCAUGAGACAACAGGAGCAGCAAGUUGCGCGCACAAUCACUAAUCUGCAGCAGCAGAUCCAGCAGCACCAGCGCCAGCUGGCCCAGGCACUGCUCGUGAAGCAGCCUCCACCACCACCCCCGCCGCACCUGUCUCUGCACCCCUCUGCAGGCAAAUCGGCCAUGGACAGCUUCCCCCCGCACCCCCAGACUCCAGGCCUCCCUGACCUGCAGACCAAAGAGCAGCAGUCUUCACCCAAUACCUUCACUCCUUACCCUCUCGCUGGACUGAACUCAAACAUGAAUGUCAACAGCAUGGACAUGACCAGCGGCCUGUCAGUGAAGGACCCAUCUCAGUCCCAGUCACGCCUCCCUCAGUGGACACAUCCCAAUUCAAUGGACAGCUUGUCCAGUGCUGCUUCUCCUAUGGAUCAGAAUCCCAGCAAGCAUGGUGCUAUCCCUGGAGGUCUAAGCAUUGGGCCUCCAGGUAAGUCCUCCAUUGAUGACUCCUAUGGCCGGUACGAUUUAAUCCAGAAUAGUGAGUCACCAGCCAGUCCUCCUGUAGCUGUUCCCCAUAGCUGGUCACGUGCCAAAUCUGACAGUGAUAAAAUCUCAAAUGGUUCCAGCAUCAACUGGCCCCCAGAGUUCCAUCCUGGAGUGCCAUGGAAAGGGCUUCAGAACAUCGACCCUGAGAACGACCCUGAUGUCACUCCUGGCAGUGUCCCCACCGGGCCUACCAUCAACACCACCAUCCAGGACGUCAACCGCUACCUCCUCAAGAGUGGAGGUAAACUGUCAGACAUGAAAUCGACCUGGUCCUCUGGCCCAGCCUCCCACACACAAGCCUCUCUGUCUCACGAGCUGUGGAAGGUGCCCAGGAACACUACUGCACCCACCAGGCCCCCACCAGGGCUAGCCAAUCCCAAGCCUUCCUCCACCUGGGGCGCCAGCCCCCUCGGCUGGACCAGCUCCUACUCCUCUGGUUCUGCUUGGAGCACUGACACCUCAGGAAGAACAAGCAGCUGGCUCGUUCUUCGCAACCUCACACCCCAGAUUGAUGGCUCCACCCUGCGGACGCUGUGUCUGCAGCAUGGGCCUCUCAUCACAUUCCACCUGAACCUGACCCAAGGCAACGCCGUAGUCCGCUACAGCUCCAAGGAGGAAGCCGCUAAGGCCCAGAAGUCUCUGCACAUGUGUGUGCUGGGAAACACUACCAUCUUGGCCGAGUUUGCAGGUGAAGAAGAAGUGAACCGAUUCCUGGCCCAAGGCCAAGCCCUGCCACCAACCUCCAGCUGGCAGCCGAGCAGCGGGAGCAGCCAGCCUCGGCUGGGUGCCUCAGGCAGCACCCAUGGCCUGGUGCGAAGCGAUGCCACCCACUGGGGUGCCCCGUGCCUGGGUAGCAAGGGGAGCAGCGAGCUGCUCUGGGGCGGGGGCCCCCAAUACUCGAGCAGCCUGUGGGGCCCACCCAGCACCGAUGAUGGCAGGCUGAUUGGCAGCCCCACCCCGCUGAAUACGCUGCUGCCAGGGGACCUGCUCAGCGGGGAGUCCAUCUAGGGCCACAGGCGUCCUUUGGGCGAGGAGGAGUGGCAACCUUCGUUCCCAAGGCCUGGCGCACUGCGGUCCUGCCAGACAAGCAGCCUGCAGCCCUUUUGAGUACCUCUGUCCAGUUUUGAAGAUGAACCUUCACUGUGGCCCUUGUGAACUGUUCCCGAAACAGUGCGGGCUGCAUUUGGUCAGUGUCACAUGCUAACGACAGGAUGUUCCUCAUAGCUUUUUAUUUUGUGUCGUCUUACAUUUGUAUGGUGUGUUGUCAUUUUGAGUUUUUAAGUAUAAAAGCUGCUUAGAAUAGUUCUAUCAUGAAGGGCACUUUUCAGAUUGUGGGCUGGAAAGGGUUAUUUUAUCGCGGGCAAGGGAGGGAGGGAGGGAAACGUGAAGCCUAUUUAAAGUGAGCCUGUGACGAUUAUGCACAUUACCAGAGGCGGCGGGGCAUGGAGCUCGGGCGCAGAGCUGAGCGGGCACCUCUGCCAUCACUCUCCACUCCCCGAAGCCGCCUAUGCACAUUACCCUUAUUUCAUUACUUUUUCAUGUCAUUUUUUAUCCCAAAAAAAUAUUUUUUAAAAGUGUAAAAAAAAAAAAAGACAUAUCAAACAUGCAAAUACUUGAAUCCAGCAGGCCAAUAAUGAAAUGUGAACACUUUCUAAGUCUAAUUCUACACUUCCAGGUUGACAUCAGUACACAGAAACAGGCUCUAGGGAAAAUUUCUAAGUUCAUAGCCUAUGUGUGCGUGUGUGUGCAACAGUAUGCAAGUGUGUGUGUGUGUGCUCCUGCAUGGUGCACGCUUCCUGUGUGUGUGAGAGAUUUAACUGUGGGUUUUCCCUUUUCAGUAUAUGCUUUUCUUGGCGCAUUGGUCAAAUGUUUGUUAUUAUUAGCUUCUAACUUUGCACUGAGGUGUCCCUGCCCUUCCUUUAGCUAAUCCUAAACAUUAAAGCGAAUUCACAGGACAGGGCUGGUGACAAUUCAUGUGUAAAUGUUUACUCAAGGACUCUGUUAACUGCGUUUAAAAUUACAGUGUAUAUCUCUGGAGAAAUAAUAUGUAUAUCUACCUUUAGCAGCUUUUUAUUGUGGACUAAUGCAAGAAAAUUAUUACCAGAGUAUUGCACCAUUUUUCCAUUUGGGAUAUAAAGUUAAAGAGAAAAAACUGUUGCUGAACUGUGGCCAUAGAUACUUGUAAAGAAUGGAUGGCUCCGCCAAAGGACUGGGCGGAAGCAAGCACUUGGACAUGGGUUGUGACUGCUUUUGGAGGAGCCUGUUUCGGCUCCCACCUGUUUACAGACCUUUUUUUUUCUCCUUUAGACUUUGAAAUUUAAAAAAAAAAUUUAAAAAGGAAUUAAAAAAAAACAGAAAAAACUUCCGUCGUAAAGAAACCUAUUUUCAGAAUGCAGAUGCGCUACUUCAGAGCUCUGGGAUUGGACAGUGCUGUCCCCCUUCGGUCAUCGUUGUGGACUCUGUCGAUUGUUCUCGCCCCUCUGUCACAGUGACGAGGCGUGGUGGUCACUGUCUUGCACAUGCCGGACGCGCUCUCAGGAAAGCCAGGGCUCCCGAGGGCAGCUCCACACCAUUUCAUGUAUUUUUAAGCCCAACUCCUAGCACUGAAGAUGUUACUAAAAAACAAAAACUUUAAAAAAAAAAAAAGGAAAGAAAAAAAAAUUUUUAAAAACCACAAAGAAGAAAAAUACCUAAUCUCUAAUGUGUAGCAGUUACAUAUUUACCAAAUAAUGGACUCAAAAGAAAUAGAUGUUUGAAGAGUGCUUUAUAUAUUAAAAAUUGCUUUAUGUUUUAAAAAUGAUCAAUGUUUUGUUUUGCAAGGACGAAAGACAAUGGAAUAACAUACCCUCAAGUAUGUUUUUAAAAAUAUAUAUGAACAUUGUGCUCCCUGCCUGCUUGAUCAGGAAACUUGUGCAUUACAUUUUUUUUAAUUAGCUUUUUAAUGGUUUUAUCAAAACAAAAAAAAAGAAAAAAAGAAAGAAAAGUCCUGCGAGAUUGCAGAUUCACAAAAGCUGGUUUUAUAGAGGAUCAUGAACUAUGCACAAACUGGGUUCAAGACGUUUUUCUCAAGUUUCGUAGUGUAUUUAGCUAACAAACCUUCCUCAGAGUGAUUGCAUCUCAUUGCCAUUACAUGCACUCUGUAUAUUUGAUGUACACAUACCUGAGUCUGUACAUCAAAUAUGUGCGUGUACGUGCGUGCACACCCAGACAUACAGCUUGCCAUGCUGCCGUUUAGCACUGAGUUGUAGAAAAAUUCCUGAUGUUUUAAAAUUGGGGAUAGAAGAAUCUGUUGUUUUCACUUUUUGUUGGGGGUUUUUUUUUCUUUUCCUUUUUGUUUUGACCUUUUAUUUUGAAUUUAAGAUGCCUAACUCUGAGAUUAAAAAACAAAUUUGUGGCUCUUAAUAUUUUUCUUCAUAGAAUGUGAUUGUUGAAGAACAUGCACCGAAAGUUGCUUUUAAAAGUACAACGCUUUGUUGAAUCUUAAUAAAUGGCAAUUUUUUUCUUGGC